UUUCGAUCACCCCCUUCAUAUUCGGGUGUGGAAAGACUUCCUCACAAACUGAAACUCCACAAUCACCCAAUGGGCUGCGUAUCGUCCAAGCACGCCAGAAAGGAUCUCAAGCGAGAAUUAGCAUUUGAAAAUGGCGGCGGCGUUGCCAACCACGUCGUAUCGCUCACUUCAAGCACUUACGGAGUCCUCGAACUCGACGGCGAGCCGCAAUGCGUCAAGAAAUGCGUGAUUGAAGUGAAGAAAUCGUCGCCGCCACGUGAAGAGCCAGCCGAGGUGAUCAACGCUUGGGAGCUCAUGGAGGAUCUUGAUGAAACAGAGAUUCCCUGUUUGGUUCAAUCCAAGAAAAGCCCUAAACCUCGUGUUUUUCUCGACACUAGAAGAAGCCCUUUGAGGUUCUUGAACCAAAAGGGAUCUCCGAAGAGGUUGAAAAGAUUCGGAGGCAAAGAGAACAAUGGUGGAAGAGCAGAGUCGAGCCCGAAAACGGUUCUGAAGAAUAAAGUUCAUAAUUUGAAUGAGAGUCCAUUGAAACAGAGAAUUCCCAAGAAGGAAAGUCCAGAAACGGCAAAACGUGACGGUUUUAAUGGCGAUUCCGGGUCGCGGAGGAGGAGCUUGGGGCCUCUGUUUGACCCGGAGCUCAUAGCAUAUUUCGAGAAGGAGUUAUCCGCCGAGGCAGAACGGAAGAAGAAAGCUUUGUCAUCACCGUGGCCAAUAAUUUCGAGAAAACCCAGGAACCCUUCCAAGGACGAUGAUGCUGCAGAGGCAAUCCUCGAACAGUUCGACAAAAUCCUCCCGCCGGGCGGCGAAAACGCCGUAGUACUUUACAUUACCACGUUGCGGGGCAUAAGAAAAACAUUCGAGGAUUGCAACACGGUCCGGUCCAUCCUGGAAUCGCAUCAGGUUCGGACGUCGGAGCGCGACAUAUCGAUGCAUUCCGGGUUCAGGGAGGAGCUGAGAGGACUAAUGGGCACAACGGAGGUUAGGGUGCCUGUAGUUUUUGUGAAGGGGCGGCUGAUCGGCGGAGCUGACGAAGUUGUGAAGCUGGAGGAGGAGGGCAAAUUGGGAAUUGUACUCGCCGGAAUCUCAAGGGCGGCGGCUGGAUGCGGCGGCUGCGGUGGGAUCCGGUUUGUGUUGUGCUUGGAGUGCCAUGGGAGCUGUAAGGUGUGGGAUGAGGAUGGAAAUGGAAAGAGUAGUGUCAAGUGUGGAGAGUGUAAUGAGAAUGGAUUGAUUCAAUGCCCCAUUUGUUGUUAACUAUGCAAGUUAAUAACAUUUGGUUUGUUUAGUAAUUAUGGUUUUUGGUUUGUGGAAGACAUGAAAGAUUGAAAGUAAGGAGUGUGCUGUUUUGUUGUAUUUACACGUCCAUCAUGUAUAUGUUCAUGUGUCAGAACAAGGAGAGUAUUUGUUGUGUGUUUGGUUCUUUUGAAAAUACUACUAUACUAGAGAUUGGUACUA